UCCAAUAUACAUUAUAUAGCCUAAAGUAAAUAGAGAGGAACUGUUUCAGAUGCUUUUUUGUCAAGUAAAUAUUCGAUUGAAACGUGUAAUAUUAUUUUGAACUCGCGAGGUUCAUUAAACGCUUAGUUUUAGUGAAUGAACGGAGUAAAAUAUUUGUGAAAUAAUUAAUUGAACAUUAAUUUGCAUUUCUAGUUUCGCUUUGCAUAUGUUGAACGUGUGAAGAUGGCGGAGAAAGGAUCGGAUUUAUUUUAUGACGUUUGCUGCGAUAUUUGCGAAGAGAAAAAUGUCAAUAAGCAAGCCAUGUUUUAUUGUCAAAAAUGUUCGAAAGGCCUUUGUGACGACUGUUUAGGGCUUCACAAACAGUUUUUUACAAAGCAUGUCGCGUAUGGAAGAGAAGAGAUGGAUAAAUGGCCUUCUACAACAAAAUCGUUCGAUGACAUGCAGUUCUGUCUACAUCAUCCUGAUCGUCUGAUAGAGAUGUAUUGUGAAGAUCACGGUAAAUUAUGUUGCUCCAUGUGUCACUUCCAUGAACACAGAUCUUGAUCAUUGUCGAUGGAAAUAAAGAUCCUGAAGCAAAUAGUUGAUACUUAUUUAUGAUCAAGACUGUGAAGACGACACCAUGCCUGCAGUAAAGUGUCCGUUCCCUGACUGUGCCUACACAACAGCCGAUCUAGAUCCGGCCAUCGUUGCGGCACUCAUAACUGCCCACAGCGCCGUACACACAUUGGCACCUGCCAAAACAGCCAGAGUAGAGAAAGUCAAGCGUCCUACAGUUACCGCCGCUGAAUCCAGCGAGGACUGGGCCUACUUUCUCUCACGCUGGAAUGAUUAUGUUGCUGCCACCAAACUGGAUGGUCGAGACAAAGUGAUCCAGUUGUUGGAAUGUUGUGAUGAACCUCUUCGGAGAGACCUAACGAGAACAACAGGUGGCAAUCUAACUGACAAAUCGGUGGACAAUGUAUUGGCAGCAAUUCGUAAGCUAGCAGUGCGUGAAGAAAACACAAUGGUGGCAAGAGUGACACUCCACAACAUGAGACAAGAUCGCGAUGAAUCUGUCCGCAACUUUGGUGCACGUCUGAGAGGACAGGCUGACAUUUGCAAAUUUGUGAUUGACUGCAACAAUUGUGCCGCCAAAGUUAAUUACACUGAAGCAAUCAUGCGUGAUGUUCUCACAAGAGGUGUUGCAGACCCUGACAUUCAGCUUGACCUACUUGGUGAUAAAAACCAGAACAUGUCGCUAGAGGAAGUGUUCCAAUUCGUGGAAGCCAAGGAAGCAGGAAAAAGGUCAGCUUCGAGACUUUUAGACUCCCAUGCUGUUGGAGCAGCCACCAGUUACAUGAAGCAGCAACAGUCCAGCAGAGACACCCAAGAAGCUUGCUCCUACUGUGGCAAACGUGGCCACGGAAAGAAAAGAACUGCACAGGAACGCAAGACUCAGUGCCCAGCUUAUGGCCACAGGUGUGCACAAUGCAGACGUGAACACCACUUUGAGAGUGUGUGCCGUAGUGUGGACAAUCCAAGGCGCCCUUCACACACUCAGCCCAAAAACCUUGACAAGGAAAGUGCUCUGUUUGACGCAUUAUGUACUGUAGAUUCCUCUCAAAUACACCAUCAGGAUGUGAACAUUGUGAACAAUAAUAAACACAGCAUCCCGCUUGAUCAUCAUGUCUAUGACAACCUGUCUGACACUUGGAUUCGCAGAAGCUCUAAGCCUCAACCAUUCGUAAGAGUGUCUAUACAGGCUCUUCCAGAGGACUACUUGGCACUUGGCAUCAAUCUUCCUAAACCGUCUCUAGCUACAGUGAUACCGGCUAUGGCUGAUACCGGAUGCCAGAGCUGCCUUGCCGGUCUCAAAGUUGUCCAUCACCUUGGGUUACGUGAAUCUGACCUAAUCCCUGUGACAAUGCGCAUGCACACAGCGAACAACGAUGGCAUUAAAAUUCUCGGUGCAUUAUUAUUGCGGAUGUCGAGCAAGGACUCUAGUGGUCAAGUAGUUGAAACCAGGCAGAUGACAUAUGUUACUGACUCAUCGGACAAACUUUUUCUGAGUCGAGAAGCCUGUAUCAAUCUUGGUAUCAUCACAGACAACUUUUCGGAAAUCCAUGCCUCACAGCAAUACAGUGCAGCAGCAUUGAAUGGUGAGGACAAAGCUCCAUGUGGAUGCCCUGCCCGUCAACUUCCGCCAGCUCCACCUAGUACAUUACCAUGCUCACCGACAGAAGAGAAUCGUGUCAAACUUCAACAGUACCUCCUUGAGUUCUACAAAGCCAGCACCUUUAACACAUGUGAACAUCAAACACUUCGUCUGAUGGACAGUCCGCCAAUGAAACUUCUGGUAGAUCCCAACGCUAAACCAGUUGCUUACCACACACCGGUACCAGUUCCAAUCCACUGGCGAGAUGCAGUCAAGGCAGGUCUUGACCAAGACGUACGACUUGGCGUCAUUGAGCCUGUCCCUAUUGGUGAGCCUGUCACUUGGUGCCAUCGAAUGGUUGUGUGUGCAAAGAAAAGUGGACAGCCAAGACGCACUGUUGAUCUGCAGGCCCUUAAUGCUCAUGCCACACGUGAAACACAUCACACACCAUCACCUUUUCAUCAAGCACGAUCAGUCCCCCAUGGGAAGAAGAAAACAGUCUUCGAUGCAUGGAACGGCUAUCACAGUGUACCCCUGUGUGAGGAAGACCGCCAUCUUACCACAUUCAUCACUCCCUGGGGAAGAUAUCGCUACAAAACUGCACCUCAGGGCUACAUUGCUUCAGGUGAUGGAUACACCCGACGCUAUGAUGAGAUUGUUGCAGACAUCCCUCACAAAACCAAAUGUAUUGACGAUGCAUUGCUAUGGGCUGAUGAUCUCGAGGACAGUUUCUUUCAAGCGGUACACUGGCUAGACAUUUGCGGUCGAAAUGGCAUAACACUGAAUCCAGAAAAGUUUGUGUUUGGAGCUGAUGUUGUGGAAUUUGCAGGAUUUGAAAUUACACGCAACGAUGUAAGACCCUGCCAGAGAUACUUACAAGCCAUCCUUAACUUCCCCACGCCAAAAGACAUUACAGAUGUGCGUUCCUGGUUUGGUCUAGUAAACCAGGUAUCAUAUGCUUUCAGCAUGGCCGAAAGAAUGCUACCCUUUAGGGAACUUUUGAAACCUGGCACUCCAUUCAACUGGAAUGAACAUCUCCAGAACGUCUUCGAUGAGUCAAAACUACUGAUCGCCAGCGAAAUAGAAGAAGGUGUUCGUAUCUUUGACCCCAAAAGACCCACAUGUCUGGCGACCGACUGGUCAAAAGUGGGUAUUGGAUUCUGGCUCCUUCAAAAGCACUGCACAUGCUCAAAGAAGGAACCCUUCUGUUGCCCAUCUGGAUGGAAGAUCACACUUGUUGGCAGCAGAUUCACUCAUCCAGCAGAGUCUCGCUAUGCGCCGGUUGAGGGUGAAGCUCUUGCCGUCGCAGAUUCCCUUGACAAGGCCAGGUACUUUGUCCUAGGCUGCGCAGACCUCAUCAUUGCUGUUGACCAUAAGCCUCUUCUCAAGAUAUUCACAGACCGAUCGCUUGAGGACAUCUCUAAUACUCGUCUAAGAAACUUGAAAGAGAAAACGCUACGCUACAAGUUCCGUAUGGUCCACAUCCCAGGUGUCAAACAUCGCGCCACUGACUGUCUAUCACGUCAUCCAAUCAGUGAUGCAGAAAAGCUGAUGUUGCCAGAUGAUGAGACACAUAUCAAUUCAACCUCUGUGUGUCCAGCUAGCCGCAGUACUCUCAUGACUGGUUUGAGAAUGCAGGAAGAUCAGGAAGACUCCAUAGAUGAAUGCGUCAUUGCAUGUGUUGUUUCAUCCCUCAAUGCUCUCAACCUUCGAUCAGUCACCUGGGACAGAGUUCGCACAGCCACAGCUAGCGAUACAGACAUGCUAGCAUUGACCGACAUCAUCGAAUCUGGUAUCCCGGAACACCGUCACCAGCUGCCAGAAUCGCUCAGAGACUACUUUCAGUACCGUGAAGGUCUAUCUACAGUCGAUGGCGUCAUCCUAUACAAAGACCGUAUUGUCAUACCACCAUCACUGAGAGACGAAGUACUUGAGGCUUUGCACGCAGCUCACCAAGGUGUCACCUCCAUGGUUGCUAGGGCAGAGACAUCAGUAUUUUGGCCAGGAAUCACACCUGCCAUUACGGCUCUUCGUACCAGUUGCCAACAAUGCAACCGUAGUGCACCAUCAAAUCCUAGCGCACCACCAGUACCUCCAUUAAGUCCAGAGUAUCCAUUCCAGUGCUUAUGUGCUGACUAUUUCAGCUACCAAGGGCAUCAUUUCCUUGUUGUAGUGGACCGUUAUUCCAACUGGCCAAUUGUAGAGCAGUCAGCUAACGGAGCCCAAGGACUGAUCACAUGUCUUAGACGUAUCUUUGUGACAUAUGGAAUACCUGAUGAACUUGCCUCUGAUGGUGGCCCUGAAUUCACUGCUGUAGCCACACGUCAAUUCCUGAGUGAUUGGGGUGUACACCAUCGCCUAUCCUCCGUAGCCUUCCCACACAGCAACUGUAGGGCCGAAAUUGGUGUAAAGACAGUGAAGCGUCUCCUUAUGGAUAACACAACUUCCACUGGUGACAUAAACACAGAUGCCUUCCAGCGUGCCAUGCUUCAGUACAGAAACACACCAGACAGGGAUACCAAACUCUCUCCAGCCAUGUGCAUAUUUGGCCGCCCCAUUCGAGACUUCAUACCAAUUCCACCUGGAAAGUAUAAACCUCAUGAAACUUGGUUAAGCACAUCACUGGCCCGUGAAGAAGCCUUGCGAAACAGGCACAUGCGGUGUGCAGAAAAACUGUCAGAGCACACUCAGAGAUUACCACCUCUAGCUGUGGGAGACAAUGUUCGCCUGCAAAACCAGAUUGGACUCUAUCCUCGCAAGUGGGACAAGACUGGCGUGGUAAUUGAAGUUCGCCAAUUUGACCAGUAUGUGGUACGACUUGAUGGCUCAAGACGGGUAACCCUUCGCAAUAGGAAGUUCCUACGAAAGUAUGUCCCCGUUCAACUACAACCACGACGGCUGUCCAUUGAUAGUGACCUAGCACUCAGGCUACCUGCAGCAACAACUGAAAAUCCCACAGGACACUCCAUCACACCAGCAGUGACCCCAACACAUGCAACCAGAUCUACGCCGGCUGCAACCAACACCGGGAUCCCAACUCACUCUGCUCCUCACCCUACUGCGUCACCCAGUAAGGUAACGCCAAGCAGCAGUGAGACACCCAGCCGAGGUAACCUGCAGCAGAGUCGUCGUCAGCUAGCCUAUACUGAGCCUCCGAGUCCUGACAGUCGACCAGUAGACGUUUCCGUGGACACAGGACCAAGUCGUGAGACACCAAACCGCACAACCCCGCCAACGGACCUGUUGUGCCUUCCAGUCAGACGAUCAGGAAGAACUAGAACUGCCCCAGAGUGGCAGAAAGACUAUGUCAUGUGAUUGUUGACAAAGACUCAUAUAGUUGACCACAUCAAAGACAUUUGCCUUUUCUUGUUGUUAAAAAGUUCUUUUUUUUCUCUUACUUUAUAAGGGAGUAGACCUGGUGGGCUCCAAUGUUCCCAGUACUUUUUGUUAUCAGUCUUUGUUUCAACUUCAGUUAAAGUGUAAUAUUAUUUCAUAUGAACAUUUCAUACCCAAAGACUUGGGGGGAGAUACAGGAUAGUAUAGCAUCAUUUCUCUAAUUAUCAUUUUAUAGAUAUAAUUAUCAUCAUUGUUAAUUUCAGAUCUUGAUCAUUGUCGAUGGAAAUAAAGAUCCUGAAGCAAAUAGUUGAUACUUAUUUAUAAACAAGAGCAGACAAGUAUCAAGUAUUUUGUAAGGAUUAUGACCCUUUUUAACCAGGCUUUCCGAAUUAAAAAAUCGGUUAUUAGAUUGGCGAAUGCGGGCGGACUGGCAGGCGGGCGGGCGGAACAAGCUUGUCCGGGCUAUAACUAUGUCGUUCAUUGUCAGAUUUUAAAACCAUUUGGUACAUUUGUAAACCAUCGUUGGACCGUGUGUCGCGCGAAAGAAUGACGUCGAUUUCUCCAAGGUCAAGGUCACACUUUGAGUUCAAAGGUCAAAAAUUGCCAUAAAUGAGCUUGUCCGGGCAAUAACUAUGCCAUUCAUUGUCCGAUUUUAAAAUCAUUUGGCACAUUUGAUCACCAUCAUUGGACGGUGUGUCGCGCGAAAGAAUUGCGUAGAUAUCUCCAAGGUCAAGGUCAACACGACAUAAAUAGAUUAAUUUUGAAACAAGGGGGUAACUGUGAUGAACAAUCAGUAGCAAUGCACAUUUUGAGUUGUAGUUGUCUCCCAUUAUCAGACUUUUUUAAAAUUGAAAACCUGGUUUCGUGACAAUUUUGUCCCUUGUUUCACUAAGAAAAUUGAAAAUUUGGUUUAGUUUUGUGUUUAGCUCCACUUUUAUUCCUAAAGUAUCAAAGCCGUUGCAAUACUUACUAACUAUAAUAAGGGGAUUGUGCAGGCAAAAUUAUGUUACUCUGACUGGCAUUUUGACAGAAUUAUGACACAUUUUAUACUUAUAUAAUUGAACAUAUGGUUAAGUUUUGUGUGUUGGGCCAUUUUACUCCUAAAGUAUCAUAGCUAUAAUUGCUUUCAGACUUUGAACACUUGCUAACUAUCAUAAAGGGGACUAUACAGGAAAAGUGACAUAACUCUUGUUGUCAGUUUAACGGAAUUAUGGCCCUUUUUGACUUAGUCACUUUGAAUAUUUUAUUAAAUUUUGUGUUUAGAUCCACUUUACUUCUACAGUAUCAAGGCUAUUGCUUUAAAACUUCAAACACUUUCUUAUUAUCAUGAGGUAUUGUCACCCUCAAGUUGAAUUUCACAUUGACCUUUGAAUGACAUUGACUCUCAAGGUCAAUUAAUAAUUUUUGCUUAAAUUGCCAUAACUUCUUUAUUAAUGAUCAAAUUUGAUUCAUACUUUGACAAAACAACACUUACCUGACAUACCACAAUAGACUCCACCCAAACCAUCCCCACCCCAGAAUCCUCCCCUAUUGUGUUUCCUUUUGUUUCUUAUUUUUAAAAGAUAAUCUAAUAAAUGACCACCCCCUCCACAUAAUACCCCCUCUAAACUCCCCACCCCUACCCAAAAAGAUUUUUUUAACAUCGUAUAAAACACAAAUAUUUAUUUAUUUCAUUUUUGAAGGACCAUCCCACCCGAGCUAUUGCCAUCAAACUUGAAAUAAAAUCUUAUUGCUUUGUUUUAUGUCCUUACACAUGUUCAAUACAUUGUGGAAAAUAUAUCUGAACUCAGAAUCGUCUAUAAAGUACAACUUCUUUAAAACAUAAGCGAUCAGUAUGUUUCAAUUAUGGUCCUCUUCCACUUAGAAUAUGACUAUAUUACCUUGACCUUAUUGAAUAUGAACAAUUUUCCCAUGAUGGCUUAGUUAUACUGUCAAGCACUCGAAUAGUCGCGCGCGCUGUCUUCUGACAGCUCUUGUUCUCCUAGUCGUCCUGGGUUCAAAACUCAUUGAAUGCGAUUAUUUUUAUUCAAAAAGUUAUCACUUGUAUAAUUAUUUAUGGGUGUUUCAAGUAUAAGUAUUCGUCAGAUAAAUGAUUUUAAUACGAAAUACGAAAACCUUUGUACAUGUCCAUUUAAUAUACCCAUUCAUUUACACAUCUUUACCCAGUAACUAACAUUAUUGUAAUUAAUUUCUAAGACAGCAUAGCAACAUAUUCAUCCUUAAAUUAAAACGUAAUGUAUUAUAGGCCCUGUAUCAAGCUAGUGCUGAUAAAAGACAAAUCACAAGCCUUCCAUGAUGCGGGGGAAUUUCAUAAAAUAUGUGCAACUAUAACCAAUGUUCAACAAGAACUUAAGACUGCAAUUGAUGAUACAUAGGAAUUUCUGAAGAAACUGCAGGAUUCGUACGAUAAAGCUUAUGAUGAAAUUAAAGUGUUUCGUCAGAAAAUCAACGAUAUACUUGACGAAUUGGAGAGAAGUACAAUAUAUUCCUUGGACACAUUGCUGCAAACAAUGAAACAGUCUUUAAAAACUGACACAGACAAGUGUUCUAAAGCCACAAACGGUUUGAAGAAAAUAAGCGACGCGAUCACUUAUAUUAAAACAGAUCAAAACGAUCUAUCAUUUAUAGCGUACCAAAGAGCAUCGGAAAUGGUUUCACAUGCAGAUAAUAUUUUGAAAGAAUUGACUGUUCACAGAAGCACUGUUGUAACGUUUAAGAGCAACCCUAGUAUUGAUGAAACACUAUCAGGGUUUCGUUGCCUUGGAGAUAUUAAAUGUGCUGAAAAGCAGCUGGAAAAUAAUAAAAACACGAUACUCGAGUGUAGUAACAAAUCGCUUUACGAUAUCCGAAGCGCAUCUGAUAAUGUUACAUGCGAGAUAAGGGGCAUAUGGGAGCUACCUGGUGGAGAAAUCCUUAUAGCAGACAACAACAACAAGAGGGUGAAAUUGCUUGAUACGCAGUACAAAGUUGUCACACAUACAGAUUGUUGGUCCCAUCCAUGGGAUAUGUGCAGUAUAAGCCCUACUGAGGUCGCUGUUACAGUUGGUGUAUAUGCUAGAACCAACACUGUCCAAUUCCUAAUUGUCAACAAUAGACAGAUAGUUAAAGGCAGGGAACUGAAAAUCAUACACAAUUGUCAUGGUAUCGCACACUUUAACGGCAGUUUGUUUAUCACAUCACUGACUGCCUUGUAUCAGUACACACUGGCUGGUCAGCUGGUGAAGAAGAUCUAUGAAGAUACUUCUAGGAACUUCACAGUCCACAAGUGCGCAGUGUGUACCGAUGGAUCAAAGCUGUAUGUUACCAACUUGAAGGACCACAAGCUCCUGACCCUGUCUAUGGAUGGGACGGUCUUGUCAUGCUUGAAAGAUCGUGUACUUCGAAGUCCUACAGGUAUACACGUUACAGAGACAGGACAGCUGAUAGUCUGUGGACGUGGUUCACACAAUGUAGUACAAGUGAAUGGUGAGGGCGGAGUAAUGACGCUGGCUUCCAAAACGGAUGGACUGCAUGAACCAGAGGCUGUAUACUUCAGUGCCUGCACUGGCAGGAUUAUUGUUGGUCAUACCAGUGAUAAGAUUCUGGUGAUCAAUACUAACUAAAAGACAACAUGUAUUUAUUGUAUUGCAUACUUACAUUUUAAUCCACGAUAUCAGGGCAUAUUACGAAAGUUUUGCUGGUAAGAACUAACAUACAUAUAAAACCAACUUGGUAAUCCGUUUACUUCAGUUUAAGUUGCUCAUAAUUUGUUAAAUAACACAAGUUAGACAAAUACAUAAUUUUAUUUUGAAUUUAAAAUCUGUUCGGCACUGUUCCCGCUAGUCGAGUCUAUGUCAAUACAUUCAAAUAUGUCAUUAUCAUGCAAAACUGAGCUUAAAUUGUAGAUCUUCUCAUAAUGUUCAAAUAACACAAGCUUAUGUAAAAGAGAAAAAUAUUUUCAAUAUCAGUUAGCACAUACAGGGUACUUGUAAUUAGUGCCAAUACAUACCUACUGUUUAUUAGUUCAUUUUCGAUAACGAAGCUUAAACACUUAUUAAAAAAGGAGUGAGGGUGGAUUUAGUUUUAUGUAAAUGUUUAUUUCAUUUUGGUUUCUGUUUUUCUAUUUUCUUUAAUUACGUAACAAAUCCUUACAUCGAGAGGCGUUCCGUGCCACAACGAAAGCGAAAAUGCAUUUUUUAAGUAAAGUUAUUGAAAAUUACUAUAUAGCGUACAUUGAACGCAAUUAAUGAUUUGAUCAUAAAGAUGAUAUCAAUGACACUAGAUAUUUGACAUAUUAGGGAAAAAGCUAUGUUAAAAGUCAUCAAAAUGGCAUGUAUGCCCCGUCACGAUUGUUCCACCAACUUCGUCAUCAUUCUAUCUUCGAUAGAGUUUGUGAUAAGUGUCUGAACCUGCAGUAUACGGUGAACCUGUAGCUGGAUAUAUGCUUCAACUCAUGGACCAUCUCUUUUUAUGCACAAAUGUCUUUACGUGUUUUAAUUUUAGAUUUUCUUACCUGUUUUGUGAAUGUCUAUAUUCCAUUGUUCUUGUUUAUGACAUAGAGGCAGCCAAGAAUGAACAGAGCGGCUGCAUUUUGACAGAAUGGCCACCAAUAUUCAUCUACACCGUGUAUAUAUGUUUUCUCGAGAGUUUUUUUUAAUGUCGAUUCAGUGUGUGUUAAAAUACGAAAUUGUUUCGGCAUGAAUUAUUGUUUUUUCGUUGGGCGCUGCACCCGAUCCAGGUUAUUACUCAAAGAAAAGUGUAAGUUACUCUAAAAACAUCAUACAUUGGAAUGAUAUUUUCAUAUUGUCCCUGAUAAAAGCAAUUAUAAUUUCAUAAAUGUAUUUUUACAAUUUUAAUUGAAAUAACGAAUUUUUCUUAAAUAGAAUAAUACAAUUUGUGUUGUGUGUCUACCAAUGUAAUUAUAUGUUUAUGCCCCCGGCAGGAGAACCACAUUGCAGUCGCAAUGUCCUUCCGUCUAUUCGUCCGUCCGUGAUUCCGGAGUUAAAUGACUUGAAGAUCAAGUUCUAGUUUUGUUCCGGUCCAUUGAUGUUUGACAAAGUUACGGUCAUAUGGUCUGGUAACAUAGAUUUAACAAGAUAAAAAAUGCUCUUUUUUGUUUGUAGCGGAAACAUAUAUUAAACACGGGAGGCGGAAAACGACAACGGGCGAGGCAUGGUAUGGUAUUGCGCAA